CUCACACGCUCAUCGUAGCGCGCUCUCCUGCCGCUGCAGCUCUCUCUCUCUCUCUCUCUCUCCGCUUCACCCUGUUCAGACCCCCUCCUCCCCAGCUCACACACACACACACACACGUGCAUGCGCAGGCACACACACACACGUGCGUACCUGAGUCGGCGGUGGGCUGCGCUGCUGGAGGGGCUUUUCGCCGCAACUUUUCUCAAGGUGCUUGCUUGUGGUUUUGGGGGGAGAGGCGAGUGUCCGGCGUAUCCGCUUUCCUUCUUCUCUUCCUCCUGGAAUGCUAAAACUGGGCUGAUGGACAUUUCCGAACUUUGCAUCCCUGAUCCUCUCAGCUAUCAUAACCAGCUGCUGAACAGGAUGGCCGCUGAGGAGCGGCACAUGACGUCCAGCUGUGGCUCCUACAUCAAGACAGAGCCCUCCAGUCCGUCCUCUCUGGUGGACACCGCCAGCCACCCCAGUCCCGGUGCGCAUUCGGACGCCAGCGGCGGCUACGCCAGCGCCAUCAACAGCCACUCCAACGGCCUGGACUCUCCGCCCAUGUUCACGGCGGGCGGGCCUCUGGGCGCGGCGGGGAGCGCCUGCCGCAAACGCUACGAGGACUGCUCCAGCACGCUACUGGACGACCCCGGCUCCAUCAAAUGCGAGUACAUGCUCAACUCCAUCCCCAAGCGCCUGUGCCUGGUGUGCGGAGACAUCGCGUCGGGGUAUCACUACGGCGUGGCCUCCUGUGAAGCCUGCAAGGCCUUUUUCAAGAGAACAAUACAAGGUAACAUCGAGUACAGCUGUCCGGCCACCAAUGAGUGCGAGAUCACCAAAAGAAGACGCAAGUCCUGUCAGGCGUGCCGCUUCAUGAAGUGUCUGAAAGUGGGCAUGCUGAAGGAAGGUGUUCGGCUAGAUCGCGUACGAGGAGGGCGACAGAAAUACAAGAGGAGAAUGGAUGCAGAAAACACAGCCUACCUGGGGCUCACACUGCCACCGCCAGCCAAAAAACCAUUGACGAAGAUCGUGUCCCAUCUACUGGUAGCGGAGCCGGAGAAGAUCUACGCCAUGCCCGACCCCAGCAUGCCCGAGAGCGACAUCAAAGCCCUGACCACGCUCUGUGACCUGGCCGACCGCGAGCUGGUGGUCAUCAUCGGCUGGGCCAAACACAUCCCAGGUUUCUCCAGCCUUUCUCUUGGAGACCAGAUGAGUCUACUGCAGAGCGCAUGGAUGGAGAUCCUGAUCCUCAGCAUCGUGUUCCGCUCGCUGCCCUACGAGGAUGAGCUGGUGUACGCGGAGGACUACGUGAUGGACGAGGAGCACUCGCGGCUCACGGGCCUGCUGGACCUCUACGUGUCCAUCCUGCAGCUUGUGCGCAAGUACAAGAAACUGAAGGUGGAGAAAGAGGAGUUCGUCACACUGAAGGCCAUCGCACUCGCCAACUCAGACUCCAUGCACAUAGAGGACGUGGAGUCCGUUCAGAAGCUCCAGGACGCCCUUCACGAAGCCCUGCAGGACUACGAGAGCUGUCAGCACACAGAAGACCCUCGGCGGGCGGGGAAGCUGCUCAUGACGCUGCCUCUGCUCCGGCAGACGGCCACCAAGGCCAUUCAGCACUUCUACAGCAUCAAGAUGCAGGGCAAGGUGCCCAUGCACAAACUCUUCCUGGAAAUGCUGGAGGCCAAGGUCUGAUUGGCCGGUCGUCACGUGACAUCACGGAGGCCACGGCGAGCGGGGCGUGGCAGAGACGGUCUGACUGCGGAGGACAGACGGUCUUCCGACGGACACGCAGGUUGCAGGACGCUCGUCUCUCGUCUGCCCGAGGCUUGAGGCGUUUUUAAAGACCUGAAAAAAAUUAAUAACUCAGUUUAAAGCGUAAAUAUAAAUGGAAAAAAUAAUUUAAACAAAUUAUAACAAAUACUAUGUACUUGUACAGUAAUGCUUUUUGUUCAUGAUCUGUGGUUAUAAAUGAUGGAAGAAUCUGUAAGUCAUUUCAGAGUGAAUAGUCUCACAUAGGUGGUCAUUUUCAUUCUGCUUUCGAGAAGCUGACCCUCGUACGCGUCGCGAACAACCUCAGUCCAACAUACGUCACGGCUCGGCCUCUCGGACGACACCAGGACACCUUGAGGACUUGUAAAUAUUCAUGGCGGCGAGCCGCAGGAUGUCUGGACGGCCCGGUUCUUCCCUAAAUGCGAACUUGCCGACGUCCUUGAAAAUACCUCCUGAAUCCUGGCCAUCCGCGACCGGGAGGACGACAUUUGUGACGUGUUUAUCCAAACGUCCGUAGCCAGGAUCUCAUUCAUCUUACUCUGUAGUAACUCAGCAAUAAAUUGAGCCGACGGGCGGGUGGCGUGUGCGAGAGAGAGGACGAGGAGCGCCCACCUCUUGUGUUGCACUGUACUGCUUUUUUAAACUACUUGUUAUUGUUGUCGUUGAUGUUUUGGCCUAAAUGUAGUCGGAGGGCCGAGCAAGGGAUGAUGGGUCAUUGGAAAGGGAGGGGGCCAGGUUUCAAAGGAUUUACGAUGCAUGGCAGAAGUCCAGGAGACUCAAACAAUCAGAUGCCCGUAUGUCAAACGGCCUAUUUCGGGCUUGUUAAGCCUCCGGCAGAGGAAACGAGGUGCCCGUCAUCUGCUCGGACUUUUAUAGCCAUGUAUCCGAAUGAAGGUGUGCGGCAGGUGCAGGUCUUUAUCACCAGCUUUAUUUUUAGCUCUUGGAAGAUGACAGCAGAUUGAACAGGAGGGGUGUUUGACCUCAUGUUGACACAAUAGCGUCGUGUCUAAAAUGGCCUUCAAAGUCGCCGUCCCUAUAAACAGCUUAUUACCCCUAGAUCCACCGGACAGCUGUACGGCCAUUAGUACGAGAUAUCAAUUAGGAAAAUCCCGCUUCCAACAAACAUGAGCUCUGAAAACGGCAGCAAUGACAUUUCGCUCUCUGUCGGCAUUCGCUACUGAUGUCAUUUACUUGAAGUGAACUGUGGUGCUGUCGUGAGUCGAUACUGUGAUCGAAGGACCUGAGGGGGAUUGUGUCCUGGGGUGCGUUUCCUAAAACAACCGUGGUCACAUGUUCCGUCAUUACCAACAUCCCAGCUAACAGGGAACGUUCUCUGGCAAGGUUUUCUCAAAGUUAUGAACAAACGAACAAAAAUAGAAAAUUCGUUCAAAGUUAUCUGGACUUCUCAAAACAUUAUUUUAUACAUUUUUUUCUGAAACAUUUCAGUUGAACGUUUUUAGAACGUUCAGAGAACAUUCCAAAGUAAUGUUCUUAUAAUGUUUGAAAAUAUUAUCAAAUGGAAUGUUCCCUUAACGUUCAUAUAACCAAGAAAAAACAUUUUUAAAACAUUUAAAAACUGGACGUUUUGCGGUCUGCAGCUUUAAUGUGAAAGUUAUCAAAAUGUUCUUAGAAUAUAUUUUUGUUAGCUGGGAUAGUUUAAUGAUUCAGUGCCUCCUGAAACCAUAGUUCCACCUAACAUUUGCAAACAGCAUCACAACCUUCGAAGCAUAGUUUCUUGUUAGUAUUAGGGCUGCGACAAUAAAUCAGUGUUUCUCGAUUCAUGGAUCGAUUGUAAGAUUUUCCGAAUACAUCGCGAUUCCCUCUGGAAUCGAUUCUGGGAUUCGUUUUUAACAGCAGAUGGCGCGCAAGGCUAGUUUUUAACCGCUCACUCAAAUGCUCACGAAGAAGAGCGCUCGUGCAUUCGGCUGAGUCUGAGAAUGUACUUGCACCUCAGAAUGCUUUUAUGAACGAUUAUUUUAUAGAAGGUUGAAGUGGUGUGUGUAAGGAAUUGGAAGCAAGCAGUGUACGGCAGUUUCUAAAGAAAGCAGUGCCAUCUGCUGUUAAAAACUAAGCUCUGAAUCGAUUCAAAAGAGGAUAAGAAUGCAUUUGGAAAAUCUCAGAAUCGAUCCAGAAUCAUUUCUCGAUGCAUUGAUUUAUUUUCCCAGCUCUAGUUAAGUAUGACUUCAUAUAAAUCAUGCUCUUGGACACAAUAAACAAGCUAAUGCAGUACAUUAUAUAUCUUUCAAUAAACAUUUCAUUUUAUUUUAGUGUGUCAACAAUCAGUGCCGUUUUUGAGUGUAAAUGCGUUAGGGAAUCUGGAUUAUGACGUAAGAGAAAGCUUCUGAGUAAAGUGUACAAAAUUACAUACUGCAUGUUAAUGUGAUUAAAAAAAUGAAUGGCUUUUUGUUGUUUGUGUAAAUGAACUGUGAUAAUCUGACUUCUGAUAAAGGUGCGUCACAUUAGCGAAAUUUUGCAUGCAAAAAAGAUCCAUUGAUCCAGGUGUAUAAAGCACUUUCAAACCAAGCAAAUUCGCAUGACAAGUUUGAACAUGUGAGAAGUCUGCGUGGGGAACUUUAUAACGGAUUCCUAUUGAAACGGCUGGAUUUCGCCUGUGAAAUUUCACUGAGCAGCAGUAAACGUGACCGUACCUUAUUGGCGAUCUUGAAUCGAUUAGCAGAAGUUAUUACUUCACCACCCACACUGUAAAAAGUAAUACGCUAUAUCUACUCCAUAACAUUUUGGCAACAGAUUACAAGCAAUAUUAUUAAUUAAAUUCACUAAAUAGAAUUAAGUUAGAAUUAAUCAAAUUGAUUCCUUAAAUGUCAAUCAUUUAAAACAAGUAAAAUUUAAACAAAAAUAUCUGAAUAACAGACGUCAAAGAUGAAUUAAGAACUCCCUUAUUUUUUUAUUACCAAAACUGAAGACACCUGAUGAUAAUAAGCAGAAUCACUGAAGAAAAGAGAAACACAAGAAUUAACAGAGGUUUGAUGUUGAUGUUGAUUUUAUUGAAAAUGUUUGGUCACCAUUAUGGUGAUCAGUAUUCAUUUAGUUGGGUAGUUUGAUUCUUUGCUUUUUAUGUCAGUUUGUGGUUUUUGUAAUGGUGUUUGCUAUUUUUACACAUUUUAAAAGGUUGACUUUUAAGCAAUUCAUUUGAUUAAUUCUAACUCAAUUCUUAUAUGUUGAAUUUAAUUAAUAAUAUUGCUCGUAAUCUGUUGCCACAAUUUUAUUAAGUAGAUAGAGCAUAUUACUUUUUACAGUGCAUGCAUGAUGUCAUUAACAACAGUCCGAUGUUGUUGGACCAAACGACGGAGGUGCAACCAUGUUACUAUGGUUUUGGGAAAGUUCAUUUCACCAACAAAUCAUCAUAGUAUGCUAGUUAAGCAGCGAGCACAGGACACGCACCCCAGGUCGAAUCUGUCUCUGCAUUUCUGAAAACUCUUCCCAGAAAACUUGAAGCCGCCACAGUCUCAACCUGACCAGACGGAUAGCAAGAGAAGAUAAUACAGGGAUUCAUUUUUUUAUGCAGUGCAACUGUGUGGGUUCAAUUAGGGAUCAAUUCUGACCGAAAUCAUGCGCACCUCUCAAUUUCAUGAAUGCAGACGCUUCAAGCUACUGUAUGCAAUUGCGAAAUCACACACCAUUUUGUCGUCGUAAUGCAACGCAAUAGUACAGCAAUGUUUUAUUAACAUCUGUUAGUCCUACACUUGAGAUGGACAUACAAUAAUUAACAUAUAUGCAACAUUCACGUAGCUACCUCAUCAUUCACCCAUUCUGUAAAUAGUCCUUUAUUUCGUAGUGCCCUUUAUUCAGCCGUUGUCAGCUAGCAGUUCGGUCGUAAUGUCUACUGGUUUUUGAGGACUGUAACAACAUCUGCUAUCGCUAGAUUAACUAGGUUAGCUGUCUGUUUCAUAUACACCACACUAACCACCAAAGCACACAAAACACUCUUCCCGUCCUGUUUGGUGCACAGAUUUAGGUGCUUGUUUUCUACUCUUUUGACAAUGGGACAAUUGGCCACGUUCAUCAUCUACCCAGUUGACAUGAAUGUUGAUUUGUGCCUCUCCAGUCACUGUUUAGGAAGGACAAGAUGCAUAUCUAUUUAUUUAUUUGCUUAUAACUCCGCAUGUCAGGGUCAGAAUUGGUCCCUUAAUGUUCAAAACGUCAAAGUGACGAAGGCUUUUGUGUUUCUCCUCAAGAUAUUCAUUGUGUAUAUUAAAUCACUUUGGCCACGCUGUACAAUAAUAUUGUUCAUUUAACAAACACCUGUGUCACUUUCUUUUUUUAUGUCAGAAAUGAAAAAGUAACAAAGACGUACUCUCAAAGCCGU